CCGCCCCUGUGCCCUGCCUGUCCGCAGGUCUGCGCGUCGCCGGUGGCCAGCGCCCCGGGAGGCCUGAGACCAGGAGCAGCUGCCCGGAAUCCCUGCAGGACAAGGAGGGGCAUCGCAACAUGGAAACAGCCCGCAGUGAAGAUGGAGGAACGCCUUCGAACCAGGGCGUGAUGGCAGACGAAGAACAGCCGCAGGAUGAGGGAAGGCCAGAAGUAGCUUCUACUCUGGAAGCCAAGGACACGUUAGGGAACGGGGGAAAGACGGAAGAUGAGGACAGGCUGAGGGAUAAGGACAAGCCAGAGCAUGAGGGAAAGGCCCAGGGAGGAGGAGAGCCAGGGAGAGAGGGAAAAGCAAAAGAGGGAGGAGGCAGGUCAGAGAGCUCGGGCAAGCCAGAGAGUGAAACCAGGGCUGCAGCAAAGCGCCCGGCUGAGGACGACGUACCCAGGAAAGCCAAAAGAAAAACCAACAAGGGGCUGGCUCAGUAUCUCAAGGAGUAUAAAGAGUCCAUACACGAUAUGAAUUUCAGCAAUGAGGACAUGAUCAGAGAAUUUGACAAUAUGGCUAAGGUGGAGGAUGACAGGAGAAAAUGCAAGCAGAAGUUGGGAGCUUUCGUGUGGAUGCAAAGAAAUUUACAGGACCCCUUCUACCCGAGGGGCCCAAGGGAAUUCAGGGGUGGCUGCAGGGCCCCGCGAAGGGACAUUGAAGACAUCCCUUACGUGUAGUAAGAUUUGCUAGGUCCCGUCCUUUAACCCUGUGCUACUGCUUGGCUUUAGAUGCCCUGCCUGUUACCAGUAGCUUUUUGACUCAAGUGCAGUGCUCGCUCUGUUUCAAUAGGGAAUUUACC